AUGUACAAGUUUCAGAAGAAAAUGUCAGCUGUCCAGACUCCAACUGCUCCACCAGAGGAGGUCUUCUCCGAGCAACCAGAUAGUACGGUCAACCUCGAGCGCGUCGUCAUCUUCAAGAAGUGUGACAACCUUCAAUAUCUCGAGUUCUGGCUCACUAAGGAGAUGGGCUUCCCAAUCAAGGUGCGCAUUAUGGGAAGCUUUCCGGACAAUGACUUGUUCAAGGCGGCCUUUCCUGGUGAGCCAAUGGGAAAGUCGGCGGUGAUGGUCGAAUUUGAGACCGAGGAAGGAAUGGAGUUCAUUCGCGGUCAUAUUGGAGCCAUGAAAGGAGUGAGUUUGGAAAAUCUGGAAAUUUCACGAUUGAUGAAAAUGUUUCAGGUGGUCGCUGUCAGAGAGAUCCGCGAGAACAGCCAGCGUCAAGAUUAG